AUGAUCAUCGACGUCGCCAGUGCCGGUAAAGGACCGGCAAAAAUCUGGUUUGACGGAGAAAGCGAUUUCGAGGAUGCAGAAGCUGAGACAUAUACGAUCAUGGAAUGGAUGGCUAAGUUCAAAGAUGAGUUCGGUGAUCGAGAUGAAGAAGUGAUCGGCUUACGGGAGGCCAUGGCCAGGAAAUUUAAACCUGGAAAGGGGACGCUUGAUCAGUUUUAUCAAGCGAUAAUGAAGUUCAAAGCGAAGAAGGCCAUCACCGAAUUACAAGCAGUUGCCUUCCUGAUUGACGGAUGUGGAGGUGAUAACGACCUCUACAAAGCACUGAAAACGAAGGGGUUCAGAACGCCGACGGAAAUAAAGGACUUCUUCCGAUCGUGGGCAGCUGGUGAAGGGGCCCAGCAACAGCAAGGAAGUCCCAAUAAUGGCAACUUCAAUGGAGGCGGAGACGGAAACACCAAUUGGAAUAAUGGUCAACGAAAUGGUAACUUCAACCAAAAUCGAAAUCAAGGGAACUACCAGCAGAACCGCGGUAGCUAUCAGCCGCAGCAGGGUUCCAGAAAGGAAUGGAGGUUCGGCCAAAUUGAUGGAUGGGUGGCCCAAGGAGUACAGCUGUGUCAACACUGUCUAUUUGGCAACCUUCAAACGCAAAGCUGCAUGUUGGCCAACAUGCCGCUGAACCGGAACCCGAACUUGUUUGCCUCAAGAGAAUGGCAGAGGCUUCGAAACGAGGGCGGCUGGCGACAGGCCCUCGCGAAUGGAUAUGAUAUGGUUGCGCAUUGGGCCCAGUUCAAACAGCAGAAUGGUGGCGGCGGCGGCCAAGGAAACGGACAAGGCAGUGGUUAUAACGGCGGAGGCAGAGGAGGCUUCCGCGGACGAGGUCGCGGCAGGGGACGCGGCGGAUACGGUAACUGGAAUGGAGGUGGCUGGCGCGCCAACAAUAAUGGUGGUGGCGGCAACCAGAAUAACGGUGGCGGCGCGAACGGCGCUGGCCAGGGACAGCAGAAUGUGAAAGUCCCGAAGCUACAGGAGCUCAACCAGGGAAACGGCCAGGAUCAGUAG